AUGGCGCAUGCUAACAGUUUCAUUCAGAACCCAUAUGGCGCAGCGAGCCCUUUCUACGUAGACCCCAGUGUCUUGCACAUGCCGCCGCUCGGCUUCGAUCGUACGCAACCAGACCUAGCACCGAUAUACGACUUUGUCAACGAGGGGCAGCCCUUGCUCAGAGAGCACGUCCAAGUCAUGGAUGCGAACGAGACCAUGGUGCAGCCAGCCACUGUGCAAGCGCAUGUUGAAGAUACCUAUAACCCUGGUGAUCGCUUAGCGACACCACGCAAUCGGAAGCGACAACCACCUCGCCCGGGUGGUUUCCAUUGCGACAAGGACGGCUGCA